ACUUAUGGCAAACAGUGUGGCAUAUUCUGCUGUGCUUUACCCUGCAAGAAGCUUUUUUUUUUUUUUUAAAUCUCUUCCCAGAAGACAGAAUGGCCACAUUAGUAUACAAUGGUUGCAGCCGAACACGCCUGCAAGCUGCCAUUUGGACAAGCUGUUGACUGCUGUCCCUAGGAGCUGACUUAAGAAAGUGGAAUGCAGAGUGAUAAUGCUGCAUAUCUGCUAUCAGACUGCAGAAAAGGUUUUUGUCUGGGGAAGGCAAGGAUUGCCUGCAACAUUAUCUCAACAACUCGCUAGUUGCUUAUCUUGAAAAGUAGUGACCCCAAAGCAGGAUCUGGCUGUCUGCUAACAUAGGUCCUGUGCGUGGCUGCUUCUUAUGAGCUUCAGGUCAGAAGAAGCAGGUGUGUGUUCAGAUGGGCACUGGGCUGGAACAGAGGCGGACGCUCUCCAGUUUACCUGCUUCCUGUUAACAGAUUGUUGGCUCAGAGAGCAUCAGCCAGCACACAGAGGCCGAGGCUGAGAAGGAGGUCCCUGUGUUUCCCACCUGACUGGUAGAGACACUUGGAUUGGAUUUAAUCUUAAACCUCUGGAGUUCAAGACCUUUUAAAAAGGGCUAAACAAACAAUCUCUACAUGUAAAAGGCCAGUGACUCCUAACUUCCUCUGUGUAGAACAAGUGUUAAAGCCAACUGCCUGUAGAGCCAGAAUAGGACAGACUCAUAUACCAUUCUGAUCUGGGUGCAUUUCUUCAGAAGGAAAACUGAAGAUUUUAAUAACAAACUCUCCAAGGUCAAAAUGAAUACAGAUAGCGGUGGGUGUGCUCGCAAGCGUGCUGCCAUGUCUGUUACAUUAACAUCUGUGAAGAGAGUUCAAAGUUCUCCAAACCUAUUGACUGCAGGGCGUGAUUCUCAAUCACCAGACUCAGCUUGGAGAGCUUACAAUGAUCGAUAUCAAGAGACACUGAACGGAGAUGCUACAUAUUCCUCUCUUGCAGCAAAAGGUUUUAGAAGUGUUCGGCCCAACCUACAAGAAAAAAAAUCACCAACUCAGACACCCCUCCCACCACCUAGAAAAGAGAACUUGUGUGGUUCUCUGAUAACCGAUCCCACAGAGGGUAGCAUUUCAGACCAACUAGUGACUAACACACAAAUUCCAUUCUGUAUAGAGGACUUUACUAACAACAGCCCUCUUCAGGAAGCUAUGCAUUCUCAUAACGACCCCAACCAGACAAUUAUAUAUUCUGAGGAAUCUAACAAAACAGUGUCAUAUACACAAAAAAUCACUAAUUCACUACCAACAACUUUCAGGGCAGAUCCCCCACCAAAAGUUGACCCGAGUACCCUAUUGCUACAGGAGGACUACCUGCAGGAUUCUCAAACUCAGAGAAUUUCCACACUGAAACUAAUCCAUAACAAGGACCCAGAAAGUGGUGUGCCCUCUAAUCCCUCCCAGUUUUCCAAACUUGUUGAAGUGCCAUCACUUCUCAAAAGGCCUUGCUCACCACCCUCUAACCCAGUGCCUGAGACACACACAGCCUCUCUUUCCAUUCAGAUAGCUCCUUUUUUGGGACAGAAUCCUGAAAGCCACAAACAGCUACCUGAACUUUCUCCAGAGACUACAAAGAUACCUCUUCAGCAAGAGAAACAAAAAUCUGCAGUUGCCGUGGCCUCUCAGUCCUCAGACUGCUGGGUGGUGCUUGGAAACCAGAACUCAACUACCAAUGAGCUGGAGAACCAGGUAACAGUGAAUGGAAACUCUGGAGGUGCUAUGAGUCCAAUGAGUUACUACCAAAGGCCAUUUUCUCCAUCAGCUUACUCUCUACCAGGCUCUCUCAAUUCAAGCAUUAUCAUGCAGCAUGGCCGGUCGCUUGAUUCCACAGAGGCAUACCCUCAGCAUGCACAAUCCCUGGACGGCACCAUGGGCAGCUCAAUACCACUGUACAGGUCCUCGGAGGAAGAGAAGAGGGUGACAGUCAUCAAAGCCCCACAUUACCCAGGGAUCGGACCAGUAGAUGAAUCCGGAAUCCCCACAGCAAUUAGAACGACAGUUGAUAGACCCAAGGACUGGUACAAAACAAUGUUUAAGCAAAUACACAUGGUUCACAAGCCAGAUGAUGAUGCAGACAUGUAUAAUACUCCUUAUACAUAUAAUGCAGGCCUGUACAACUCACCCUACAGUGCUCAGUCCCAUCCUGCUGCAAAGACCCAGACCUACAGACCCCUCUCCAAAAGCCACUCUGAUAAUGGUGCAGAUGUCUUUAAGGAUGCUUCCUCCCCUGUCCCUCCCCAUGUUCCUCCACCUCCACUUCGACCCAGAGACCGGUCUUCAACAGAAAAGCAUGACUGGGAUCCUCCAGACAGAAAAGUGGACACAAGAAAAUUUCGUUCUGAGCCAAGGAGUAUUUUUGAAUAUGAACCUGGGAAGUCAUCAAUUCUGCAACAUGAAAGACCACCCCCUCUUCUACCAUCUCCAACACCUGUUCCAAGAGAACCUGGCCGGAAACCUAUUUCUAUUUCACCAUAUGGCGAAGUAACGGUUAGCCCCUCCCCUCCACCCAGGAGUGACAUCCCCACACCAGGCCCCUGUGCCCAGGCUCUUUCUCCCAUCUGGACUGAUCGCAUAAAUCCAGAUGACAUAGAUUUAGAAAAUGAACCCUGGUAUAAAUUCUUUUCAGAACUGGAGUUUGGACGUCCGCCUCCUAAAAAGGCUUUGGACUAUGUUCAAGAUCAUUCUUCUGGUGUUUCAAAUGAGGCCUCCUUGUAUCAAUCUAUAGACAGAAGCCUGGAAAGACCAACCAGUUCUGCAAGCUUGGCCAGUGACUUUAGGAAAAGGAGGAAGAGCGAACCUGCAGUGGGGCCGCCCAGGAGCUUGGGAGAACAAAGUGUAAGCAGGACAAGCCCAAGUCGAGCAGACUUCCAGGGACCCAGUGACACCCUGACAAAAUCUUUCAUUGGUUAUUCUCCUUCUUCCCCAUCAAGAGCAAAAGGUGGGGAUGAUAGCAAAAUGUGUCCAUCCCUUUGCAGUUACUCAGGGCUCAAUGGCAACCCUUCCAAUGAGUUAGAUUACUGUAACACUUACAGACAGCAUUUGGAUGUCCCCGAUGACUCCCAGAGGGCCAUUACUUUCAAAAAUGGCUGGCAAAUGGCCCGACAAAAUGCAGAGGUCUGGAGUAGCACUGAAGAAUCAGUUUCCCCCAAAAUCAAAUCGCGUAGCUGUGAUGACCUCCUAAAUGAUGACUGUGAUAGCUUCCCUGACCCAAAAGCCAAGUCAGAGAGUAUGGGCUCACUGUUAUGCGAAGAGGACUCCAAGGAGAGCUGUCCCCUCAGGUGGGCUUCCCCCUACCUCCAGGAAGGCCUUGGUAAUGGCAGAUCAAGGCUUCGAUACAGGUCAGCCCACAAUGCCCCUGGGUUUUUGAAAAUGUACAAGAAGAUGCACCGCAUUAACCGCAAGGACUUGAUGAACUCCGAAGUGAUCUGUUCCGUGAAAUCGAGAAUUAUGCAGUAUGAAAAAGAGCAACACACGGGCCUGCUGCAUGGCUGGAGCCAGUCCUCCACUGAGGAGGUGCCCAGGGACAUGGUACCCACCCGCAUUUCAGAAUUUGAGAAGUUGAUCCAAAAGUCCAAGUCCAUGCCAAACUUAGGAGAUGAAAUGCUAUCUCCUGUAAACUUGGAACCAGAGCAUAAUGGCUUACGUCCCCAAAGGCGAUUUUCCAUUGAGUCUUUGCUGGAGGAAGAGAAUCAGAGUAGACAUCCUUCUCAGGUACAAAGAAGCUACAUGUCUAAAACCCUGGUGCCAAUUCACAUUGAGGUCACCAGUGAUGAGCAGCCAAGAACUCAUGUGGAGUUUUCUGACAGUGACCAAGAUGGAGUCGUGUCUGACCAUAGUGAUUACAUUCACGUAGAAGGUUCCUCCUUCUGCAGUGAGAGUGAUUUUGAUCACUUUUCAUUCACUUCUUCGGAAAGUUUCUAUGGCUCCAGCCACCAUCACCACCAUCAUCACCACCACCAUCAUCGGCAUCUCAUCAGUUCCUGCAAAGGCAGAUGCCCUGCCUCCUAUACUCGAUUCACCACAAUGUUAAAACAUGAGAGAGCUAAGCAUGAAAAUAUUGAAGAGCCCAGAAGACAAGAAAUGGACCCUGGUCUUUCCAAACUUGCAUUUCUAGUCAGUCCUGUGCCUUUCCGAAGGAAAAAAAAUUCCACUCCCAAAAAACAAACUGAAAAAACAAAAUGCAAAGCAUCAGUUUUUGAGACUCUAGACUCAGCCCUUAAAGACAUCUGUGAGCAAAUUAAGGCUGAAAAGAGAAGGGGGAGUUUGCCAGACAACAGUAUAUUGCACCGUCUUAUCAGUGAACUGUUGCCGGAUGUUCCCGAAAGGAAUUCAUCCCUUGGAGCUUUGAAAAGGAGCCCCGUGCACCAGCCUUUCCACUCACUGCCUCAAGAUGGUGCUAUUCAUUGUCAGUUGUACCAGAAUGAUUGUGGGCGAAUGCCUCACAGUGCCUCUUUCCAAGACACCACCAACAACAACUACCAUCAAGAAGACCAUGAGAGUGUACUGAAUCUCCAAGACCGAGAGUCUCCUAGAAGUUACUCAUCCACUCUGACUGACCUGGGGAGAAGUGCAUCAAGGGAUAAAAGAGGGACUCCAGAAAAAGAGAAACUGCCUGCAAAAGCUGUUUAUGACUUUAAGGCUCAGACAUCCAAGGAGUUGUCAUUUAAAAAAGGAGAUACUGUCUAUAUCCUCAGGAAAAUUGAUCAAAAUUGGUAUGAGGGAGAGCACCAUGGGAGAGUGGGCAUUUUCCCAAUCUCAUAUGUAGAGAAGCUCACACCUCCUGAAAAAGCACAACCUGCCAGACCACCGCCCCCAGCACAGCCUGGAGAAAUUGGAGAAGCGAUAGCAAAAUAUAAUUUCAAUGCUGACACAAAUGUGGAGCUCUCGCUGAGAAAGGGAGAUAGAGUUAUUCUUCUUAAAAGAGUUGAUCAAAACUGGUAUGAAGGUAAAAUUCCAGGAACCAACAGACAAGGCAUCUUCCCUGUCUCCUACGUAGAAGUCAUCAAGAAGAAUACAACCAAAGGUGCUGAGGAUUACCCAGACCCUCCAAUACCCCACAGCUAUUCUAGUGAUAGAAUCCACAGCUUAAGUUCAAAUAAGCCACAGCGUCCUGUGUUUACUCAUGAAAACAUUCAAGGUGGGGGGGAACCGUUUCAGGCUCUGUAUAACUAUACUCCCAGGAAUGAAGAUGAGCUGGAGCUCAGAGAAAGUGACGUCAUUGAUGUGAUGGAAAAGUGUGAUGAUGGAUGGUUUGUGGGAACCUCAAGAAGAACUAAGUUCUUUGGUACUUUUCCCGGAAACUAUGUCAAGAGGCUGUGAGUCACUGUCCCUCCUUAUUUAAACUACAUCAUUUAAACUUUUCAGCAACAUCUGCAUAAACUUGCCUGAAAGAUCCUGCAGGCCUCCCAUUGUUAUGCCUUAUGGUCUCCAAUAGAAGUCACUGGCCAUCAACAUCUCCACCUGCCACCAAACCAACAGCAAAGUAGCUGCUGCUGUUGCUACUGCUGCUGCUGUGAAUAUUGGAGAGACUGGCAAACUAGCUUCUGUGUGAAAGUGCUUAUUUCUGCCUUCUGCUCUAAGCCUGGAAAAAGUGAUGUGUGGGGUCAGAAAGUAAAUCAUUAUACUGAAGAAUGGUUCAAUAUAUGAGACAAAAAAAAAAAAAAAAGGAAGAAUGAAAAGAAGAGAAAAAGAAAAGAAAAAAUGGGGGGAGGGGUUUCAAGCAAGCUCACUGGUCCACUUUGGAAGACUCAGUUACUGAAUGCUGUGGUUUGUAUUUUCACCAAUUUAGUUUGGCAGUAUAUUUUUCUUUCACGAGUUUGCCUAGUUUAUACAGUAUGACAACUAUGCUUCAACUAGUGUUUGCCUGCACUUACGUGUUGUAAUACGCACAGUGAUUACAAAAUCUAAAGCAAGAGGAGGGAAGUUAAUCAGACGAGUGUGAUUUUAUUGCUUGAAUGUGAGUUUUCAAAUAGGAAUCUUCUGCAAUUGUUUAUUGUGCUUUUAAGAAGUACAAAUAGUCAGUGAAUAAGAGCAUUUGGUGAUAAUCAUGAGACUAUAAGAAGUUUAGCUAGACUACAGAGAACUAUUGUGUUGUAAAGUUGCAUUGCUAUUUUAUAUUAAAAUGUAGUAAUCAGCAUCAUGAACAAUGAGCUUUUAGUGUUUUAUUUAUCUGAUAAAAUUUAAAUAAAAGCAGUGUUAGUGAGAGGUGCAAAGAAUUAUUCUAACAUAGACACUUGAAAGUAUCUGUAAGCAAUACUCAUAGGUAAGAUUUCACUGUGUGUACACACAUACAAUGGAGAUUGUGUGAAGCAAUCCAUAUGAUAUGCUGUACAUUUUAUGGAAAUGUAAAAGAACCCCACAUAUUAUUUUAUAGAAAUAGAGUACGCCAGAAGCAUCACAAGCAUUAAAGCUGGUUUUAGCAAGGAUUAUGAUCAAUACAGUUAUUUUUACUAUGAUAAUUAUUUUUCUUCUAAAUAGAGAACUCAGAAUCCUCGCUACAUUUGAGGACAGGAGUAUGUUGAGCCUGAUUUUUCCAGUGUGUAUAAAAUGCUUCCUUAGAAUAAAUUAGGCACUUUUCAGAAACAGUGUUAAGUCAUUCAGGUUUUAUUUUCUGCCAUAAAGUAGAGAUACACAAAAUGACAUGGGAAUCUGAAAGAUUUGAUACGGUCAAUAGUGCCUGACUUACACAUACCUUGAGAACUAUCUUUGUAUUUCUUACGACUUUGCGUAAGAACUAUUCAUAUUGAAUCUUGAGUCCCUUACAGACCACACUUUUUAUGGUAUUUCUUCUGUGGACAGUGAUUGAUCUUUUCACAAUGUAUGUAGACUAUAGGGUUUUGUACAUAUGUUUGCUCCCUUUUUGUACAGACUAUUUAGUUGCUGAGAAAACAGGGAAAUUUCUUAAUUUGGUCUUUAUCCUUUACUUAAAUUGAGCUAUAACGCUAUCAACAGGUUACUUUUACCUAUUCCACAAGUCACAAGCACGCCUUGAAUCCGUAAGACAGCUUUUAUGCAAAAGUCUAUGAGUUUAAAAGGUCUUAGCAGCCAAACUGAAAUGUACUUAAGUACUGAUUACAGAGGAAUGUCACUAAGAAGCAGAUAAACACCUUUUUUUCAGUAGCCUACCUUGAUUACUAUCAAAUUCAGAACCAGCUUUAUAUUUAAAAGGCCUUGGGGUUUGAAUUAAGACAAUUGCAUGCAGCUUUGCUGAUAACUGAAAUAAUUACCUUUGAUGACAUUUCUGAGAAAAGAUUUCAAUAUCUGUUGCCUGUUAUAUUAAAAAAAACACUGUUUCUACUCUCUGUAUCAAAUUUUAAAAGGUAAAAUAUUCACACCUGGCUGCCAGGUAAUUUGAAUUCUUACAAGCAAAGGUAAUUGUGUUUUUCUUGAAUAGACAUCUAAUAAAUUUUGCUUGGAAUUAACUUCAGUUUUUUCUUCUUGACAUUUAUCCUUAAAUGGAUUCCAUGCUUUAUCUUAUUUGUUAGAUAAACUAAGAGACAGUGCAUAUACUAUGUGUUCUCUUGACAUACAUGGAUUAAAAGCCUAUCUAAAAAAAUAAGAAAAAAGCCUAUCUGCAGCAUCAGGUGUUGUUUUGUUUUGUUUUAUUUUGUUUUGUUUUUUUACCUGAGCACUGCUCAGCUCUGGGUUAUGGUGGUAUGGAGGACUGACCCUGGGACUUUGGAGACUUAAGCAUGAGAGUCUUUUUGCAUAGUUAUUAUGCUUUCUACCCCUGAGUAGUAUUUUUUU